AUUCUCCAGUUGAGGCAAAACUAUAAAGACAGGAAAUGGAUAAAAUUACUCACUAGUGAACAGUUCCAUACAUGUUUUAAAUUCAUACCAUUGGGCAAUUAUCACCACAGUCAUGUCUAUUUACAAUGCUUCCAUCACCUCAAGAAGUUCCUUUAUGCCCCGUUGUAGUCAUUUUUCACUCCCACCCACAACUCAGGCAACCAUCAAUUAGGAAGUUUGUGGAAAUGUUCCAAUUAAAGAAGGCUCAGUGAAACAUUACAAUGAAAUGGAAUACCUGACCUACAUAGGAUCUUGAUCUGGAGAGAACAAUAAGAUGUAAAGGAUACUGUUAGGUCAUUUCACAAAAUUGGAACAGACAGUAGAUUGGAUUAAAAAACAAUGUUACUGAAGUUGGUAAUUGAGGUGUUGUAAGAGAAUAAUCUAAUUGUUAAUACACAUUGAGGUGUUUAGGGGUAAAAGGCCAUGAUACAUGUAAUUCACUGAGUACUUUUUGAUAAAAAUUAUAUGGGCGUAGAGUGAAUUUGGACUUGUGUGCAUAAAGAACAAAGCAAGUGGUAGAAAAUCUUACUAGGGAAUAGGUAAAGAGUAUUUGGGUAUUCUUUGUACUAUUCUUAUUGUAACUUUUUUUUAAGUUCAAAACUACCUCCAGACAGUUUUAUAAAAACUCUAAAAAAAAGGGCUUUGACUUAAGGAUCAAAGUGUUUUCUUUGUUUUUGUUUUUUAAAGGUGUGUGUGAGUAGGAUGGAAAUGGUGGUGCUUUUCUUUUUUUAAUUUCAGAUAUUCUAAAGUGUGUUGUAGUUUUUUGGGGGAGUUAGGAGAGGAGGCAGGCAUAUUUUAGUCAAGCUUGUUUGAAGUUUUCAAUUUGAUAAGUGCUAGUGAAUAUGAAAUGUAUACUAAGCCUGCAUGUUAAUAAUUAGCCUGAAAAUACUGUGUAUGUGUGCUCAUUGAAGUUUUUUUUUAAUAUCUGCAAAAUGGCUGAUAAUUUGGAUGAAUUUAUUGAAGAGCAAACCAAACUGGCCAAAGAGAAAGCAGAAUUGGCAAGUGAUCCACCUUAUAUGGAGAUGAAGAGAAAGGCAUCAGAGAAGCUUUCUGAAAAUAGUAAAAUAUUAAUCUCCAUGGCUAAGAAAAACAUACUGCCAAACAGUCAACAGACCAGGGGCUCCUUAGGAAUUGAUUAUGGAUUAAGUUUACCACUUGGGGAAGACUAUGAGCGGAAGAAGCAUAAGCUAAAAGAAGAAUUGAGGCAAGAUUAUAGACUCUAUCUUACUCAGAAAAAUUUUCUGUCCACGAGUGGAACAGAUCCAUCUACUCUGGGAGUUUCUCUUCCUAUUGGUGAGAGGUUAUCUGCCAAGGAAAGGUUGAAACUUGAACGCAACAAAGAAUACAAUGAAUUUCUCAGGAGUAAGGAAGAGUCCACAGACAAGUUCAGACAGGUAGAAAAGAGUACUGAGCACAAGAGUCAAAGAAAUAAAAAGCCUAUUAGUCAGGGUAAACCUGAUUUACCCUCACAAAUACAAACAUCUUGUGAAAGUUCAGAGCAUCCUAGAAGAGAGGUCUUAACUCCUUCAGAGGCAUAUGAAGAGCUUCUAAACCAAAGACGACUAGAGGAGGACAGAUAUCGACAACUAGAUGAUGAAAUUGAAUUAAGGAAUAGAAGAAUUAUUAAAAAAUCUAAUGAAGAACUUGGCAUUUUCAAUAAAAAACACCAAAGGUUUGCCAGCAAGGCUGAUACUCCAGAUAGAAGAUUUCACAGGUUUAAUGAAGACCCUGUUUUUGACAGACAGUGUUAUAGGCCUGACCACGAUCCUGGAUUAAGUGAAGAAAUGGAUGAGAGGUUUAGAUAUGAAAGUGAUUUUGAUAGAAGACCUUUGAGAGUGUAUACAAAUGACAGGAUGUACAGGAACGGACGAGGGAAUGUGCCUCCUAUGGAAUAUGGUAGUGAUGUCUCAGAACAGUCAAACAUACGAAUUUCAUCUGCUGGAAAUAAAAGUGCUCAGGACAAUGAGCCAUCGAAAUCUACUAACCAAGAGAUCUGCAGUCCUUUUGCAGGGAUGCUCUUCGGAGGUGAAGAUCGAGAACUUAUUCAGAGAAGGAAACAGCAAUAUAGACUAGAACUAUUGGAACAAAUGGCUGAACAACAGAAUAACAAGAGACGAGAAAAAGAUUUGGAGCUCAGGGUUGCAGCUUCUGGAGCACAAGACCCUGAGAAAUCGCCUGAUAGACUAAAGCAGUUUAGUGUGGCACCAAGACACUUUGAAGAGAUGAUACCACCUGAAAGACCCAGAGUAGCUUACCAGACACCUCUCCCUCCUUUAUCUGCCCCAUCUGUCCCACCCAUCCCACCAGUUCACUCCAUCCCAUCUCAAAAUGAAGAUUUGCACAAUGGACUCAUCAGCACCCUUGGUGAAAUGGUGCCUCCCAGGGUUGCAUCUCUGCCUCCACCUCCCCUACUACCACCUUUGGCUACUAACUAUCGAACUCCUUAUGAUGAUGCAUACUAUUUUUAUGGGGCCAGGAAUACUUUGGAUCCCAGUCUUGCUUACUAUGAUUCAGGAAUGAUGGAAAUAAAGCCUGCAGCUUAUGUUAGUGUUCCUGUCACCCACCAGCCAGCACAACCUAUUAUGAAUACAGUUGGACACAAGAAACUGAAAAUUACAAGUGAUCAAGCAUUAAAUUCAGGAUUGUUUUUUGAAGAUAAACCAAAGCCUUCAAAGCAGUCACUUCAGUCUUACCAAGAAGCGUUGCAGCAACAGAUUCGAGAAAGAGAAGAAAGAAGGAAGAAAGAACGUGAAGAAAAAGAAGAAUAUGAAGCUAAAUUAGAAGCUGAAAUGAGAAGUUAUAAUCCCUGGGGGAAAGGCGGUGGUGGGGCUCCUCUGAGAGAUGCAAAAGGAAAUCUGAUAACUGAUUUGAAUAGGAUGCACAGACAAAAUAUAGAUGCCUACCAUAACCCAGAUGCAAGAACAUAUGAAGACAAAAGGGCCGUUGUAUCUCUAGACCAAGAUUUAGCCACUUUGAGUGCUGAGAACCUAGAAGAUUCUGCAAAUAAAAACUCAGGUCAUAUGCAAACACAGAGCUCUCCUUUUGCUCGGGGAAAUGUAUUUGUUGAGCCGCCAACAGAACUUCAGAUUAAACAGCAAGAAUUAUACAAGAAUUUUCUUCGUUUUCAGAUUGAGGAAAAGAAACAAAGAGAGGAAGCAGAGCGAGAGAGACUGAGAAUUGAAGAAGAAAAAGAAGAAAAGCGGCUUGCUGAUCAGAGGGCACGAAUUCAGCAAGAGUAUGAAGAGGAACAAGAAAAGAAGAGGAAGAAAGAGGAGGAGCAAAGGCUAAAAAAUGAAGAGCUCAUUCAGUUAGCUGAAGAAAGGCGAAAAGAAGCAGAAAGAAAGAAGAAGGAAGAAGAAAAACAUAAUCUACAACUUCAGCACUACUGUGAAAGAGAAAGCAUAACUGGGGAAGAGACAAAGUGCUUGAGACAGCCUUCUCCUGUAGUUCCUGCUCUUCAGAACAAAAUCGCAAGCAAGCUCCAAAGACCACCUUCUGUUGACAGCAUUAUAAGUUCCUUUCAAGCAAGCUCCAUGUCCAGGGCACAGUCUCCUCCAGUGCCUGCCAGGAAAAAUCAGCUCCGUGCAGAAGAGGAGAAAAAAAAUGUAAUCAUGGAAUUAUCAGAAAUGAGAAAACAGCUUCGUCACGAAGAGCGGCGUCUACAAAGGCAGUUGCUACACAUGGAUAGUGAUGAAGAAAUUCAUAUAAGGAAAAGAGAAAGGAAUCCCAUGGACAUAUUUGAUAUGGCUAGACAUCGGUUGCAAGCUCCUGUCAGAAGACAGUCACCUAAGGGCUUAGACCCUGCAACUUUUCAGAAUAUUCGUGACUUUAAUGAGCUGAAAGAUAGAGAUUCAGAAACAAGAGUUGAUCUGAAAUUUAUGUACCCAGAUCCUCCAAGAGAUCAUCACACUUUAGAGAUUCAGCAGCAAGCCCUGCUAAGGGAGCAGCAGAAGAGACUAAAUAGAAUAAAAAUCCAGGAAGUUGCUAAAGUUGAUUUGGAUGCCAUCCCAAGUGUUAAAGUGCGAGACCACAAAAUGCCUAGAGAUGACACUGAUGAUUUCUUGAAAAAUUCAUUAUUGGAAUCUGAUAGUGCUUUUAUUGGUGCCUAUGGUGAGACGUAUCCUGCCAUCGAAGAGGAUGCCCUCCCUCUGCCAGCACCGCUGCCCUCUGCAAGGGAGCGCAGGAGGAACAAAAUGAAAGGACUGGACUUAGAUAACAGCCAUCCUCAUGUACCACCAGAUGGUUUCUCUUUAAAAUCUGUAUCCAGUGUAAAUGUUGAUCAGAUUAGAAUGAGAAAUGAGGAACGAAUUCGAAGACUCAACGAACUUCAGAAUAAACCUAUUAAUACAGAUGAGAGCUCACUGGGGGACCCUGAAGACAUCAUGAAGCAUGACGGUGAUGAUGGAUCCGACUCUGUGGCAACUGAGCCCUGGCUCCGCCCGGGCACCUCAGAAACGCUGAAACAGUUCAUGGCAGAGCACCUGAACCAGGAGCAGCAGCUGGUGCUUGGAAAACCAGGUGCUUUCCCCUGGCAGGGUCUCUACUGUGCACGGCUGAAAUAAAUCUAUAUUGACCCAGCAGUGUGCCUUUUCAGGAGAAAUGGAUGUUAAAUCUGAACCUUUAAUAAUAUGUGCUACUUUUGGCCUCUACUUGGAAGGUACUUAACACAAGUUUCAUCUGUACAGAAGGUAUAUUUUUUCCACGAUGGAUAUAUAUUAGGUAUACAAAUAAAAGGUUGAGUUUAAUUUAUGUAAUGUAGAAUCAUACAGAGAGUUUUUGCACAAUUUUGCCACAAAUUAGGGUGGUAAUGAACUCUUGAAAUCAACUACCAUAUGUGCAUUACUCUAAAUUCUGUUAAGGUGAAUUAAAACACAAAAGUGUCUUAACGAUACUGUGAAACCAGAAUGCUGUUUUAUAUGUGUAUCUGCCAUUGUUAAUCACUAUUUAAAACAAUUCAUUUAGCAGCUGGUUGUAGCUGUUAUACAGUUACUGUGUAAUAAGAGAAUCAAAUGUGCUAGUUACUCUUUCCAUGUCACUUGUAGCGACUGAUUCAGUGUAAAUGAUGGGAGACGAAACUUUUAUUCCCAUGAGCCAGGGACUAAAUGCCACAUCUUUCUGCCUGUUUGUGUGCUAAUGAAGGCAUUAAGUUUACUGAUUUAUGAUUUAACUACUACUUGAUAGAAAUAAAUUAUUUUUAUUACCAAUGUC